CAGAGCACACUUAAUCGUGAGCAAGCUUUAGAGAUCUGUAUGCAAAACAACUCAUUGACAGUUUUUAUGGUCGGUGAUUGGGUGGUCUGUUAGUCAAGAAAAUGGAAGAAUGUGAUUAGCAUUUGAUAAAGAGGCUUGCUGGUGAUCAACUUGGAAACCUGUUGCGGGAAAAAUGAUUUUUUGACGGACUUUGACAUUACGUUUACCGUUAUGUUUGUGCCCACGGACGGGCAAUGUAUUGUUGAGCCUUGGAAAGCGUACUACUUAGUAUAAAAUAGAAAACAUCAGAUGGCAUUUGUUAUCAAUUGUGAAGACAAGCCGCUGCGCAAGUCGAGACUCGGACCGCCUGAUGUGUAUCCCCAAGAGCCAAAGCAAAAAGAGGAUGAGCUCACUGCAGUCAGUGUCAAGCAAGGCUUCAAUGCAUCGCCCAUCACUCCCGAUGAGUAUGGCUCAGCCAAAAGCCUCAACAUCAACACCAGCAAGAUGUUGGAGAACUUCUCCGCCGUGCUCUCCAAGAAAUACGAAAUCAAUACGCUGCCGGAGACGGGCAAAAAGAAGCAGCAGAUUUCGCACCGGGACAACUACUGGCCGGUACCGACACGGCCCAAGGCGGCCGAGGUCUGGCUCAAGGACCUGGUCGGUAACAAGCCGCUAACCAUGCUGGCCAAAAAGGUGCCCAUCUUCAACAAGAAGGACGAAAUCCUGAGCAAGCUGUGCGACUACUCGGUACCGACGGUGCGCGCCUGCUGGCUCAUCAAGAUGUCCUCAGCGUAUUACGUGGCCAUCUCCGAGACCAAGAACAAGUCGAAGCGCCAGCUGCCCGACCAGACGCAGGAGUGGACGCUGACGCUGGAGCGCUUCCUGAAGGAGCAGCUGACGCGGCUGGAGGAGCACUACUCGUGGACGCCGCAGGUGGGCGUCUUCCCGGCGAUGAGCGGCAGCUCGACUGAGGAGCAGAAGGUGGCUGCCCGCCACUGGCAGUACGGCACGCAGCUGGCUGGCGUCAUGUACGAGCAGGGCCUGCUCGACCGUGAGCCUUUCCUUGAGUGGGUGCUGGACGUGUUCCGCGCGCGCGCGCACGACGACGGCCUGCUGAAGCUGGUGGUGCCGCUGCUGCUGCAGUAUGUCGGCGAGUUCACGCGCUCCGAGCUGCUGGCGCGCAAGCUCGCCUACUACGCUUGCAAGAAGCUGAAUCAGAUGGUGGCCGAGAUGGACGCGUCGGGUGGCCGAGGCCAGAGCCCGGUGUUCGGCCAGGGCGGCCAAGAGGCGGGCGCCCCGCCGCCGCCCGCCCAGCCCGUGCACAGCAACCCGCUGGUGGCUGCCUUCAUCAGGCUUGUCAACUGCAACUUCUACGAGAGCAUCGUGUACGGCUUGGGCUCGGUCCUGCAGAUGAUCUUGUAUAAGAACCCGACUGCGCUGGUGUGGAACAACCUGGGAGACGUGGGCGGCUCGCCGCUGGACCUGCUGCCCUGCCUGCCGUCCGGCCUGCCGCUGCCGCCGAGCGCCAGCAACGGCGAGUGGCGGACGCGCCUGCGCCGCGUAGAGGACGACGUGCUGGAGCGGAGUCGCGCCUCGGACCUGCGCUGGUCCGUGCAGACGUCCACAGAGCUGACCGUGGGCCGCGUGCUGGCUGCGCUCGACGCGCUCGACCAGCACAAGUGGCACCGCACCGACGACACCAACAACUUCGACACGCUGUACGCGCGCGUGUUCCCGCCGGCGGGCCGCGAUGGCGCCGACGGCCGGCCGUCGGACGACGCGCUGGUGCAACUGCUCUGCGAAUGGGCCGUCUCGCCGCAGCGGCUGGGCGAGCACCGCGCGCCGGCCGUCGCCAUGCUACUGGAGAAGCGGCAGGCCGAGCUGACGGCCGCCGACGGCGACGGCGACGACCGCGAGUCGGUCUGUUCCGGCUCCUAUCCGGCCUACGUCUACCAGAGCCUGCUGUUCCGCUUCCUGGACACGAGCGCGCCGGUGCUGGACGACGCCAUGGGCUGGGGUCGCAGUCGGCAGUCCUUUGCCAGCCUGGUGCUGCUGUUCCUCGAGCUGACGCGGCACGACGUGUUCUCGCACGACCAGUACCUGCGCGCGCUGAUCUCACGCGGCGUGCGCACCAACCCGGCCAGUCCGGCCCAGUCGGCCGCCGCCUUCACGCGCUCCGAGCACCACGACGCCGACGACGACAAGCUCGACAUCGACGACGACCUCGACAAGCUGGUGCAGCACAUCAAGUCGACCAACGCUGACAUGGACAAUCCGGACAGCCCGAAGGAGGGCUUCUCGCUGGGCACCGGGCACACCGAGAAGCUGGAGGCCCGCCGCCAAAACCGCCACCUCAUCUACACGACCCACUUCCCUCUGCCGCAGGACGAUGCCUACACCGACGACGACAAGCAGCGGCACAUCCUGCUCUUCGGCGUGAAGAAGGCUCGUGAUGAGGCGCGCCACGCCGUCAAGAAGAUGAACAAGGAGAUCAUGAAGCUGUUCGGCAAGAAACUUUCGAUCGACGUGUCGGAGGGCGGCAAAGUAAAACGCCAGAGCCGCGGCGAGUUUCCGUUCGAGCCGGUGGUGCAGCGCUUCCAGGCGCUAUCCUUCUACGAUCAGCACCAGGUGACGCACCAGUGCGCGCUCCAGGUGGUCGAGAUGCUGAGCGCCUUCGCGGCCGGCAACUCCAGCUACCUGCCGGUGGUGGAGCACGUCUCCUUCCUCUUCGACCUAAUGGAGCUGGCGGUGAACAUCCGCGAGCUGCUGGACUGCUGCCAGCAGAUGCUGCGCGAGCUGCCGGACGUGGAGGGCCAGUUGCACAGCAAGAACUCGGCGCGCGCUGGCACGUACGCCACCUCGCUGGCGCUGCACAUCGUGGGCGCCUGCCGCCGCUACCACAGGACCCUCAUUUGUACAGUUGCACAGCCGCUGAGUAUGGAAGUGCGCCGGCUCUGGCAGCGUUGGGUCUGGAUCGGAUGA